AUGACUUUCUUUCUUUCUCAAGUUUAUAUAAUUCAUUCUUUAUUUUCCCCCUUUCUCCGUUUAAAAAUAACUCUCUCUCUUUCAUUCAUAAUUUUUCUUUCUUGGGUUAUCUUUCUUUCUUUCUUUCUUUCUUUCUUUCUUUCUUUCUUUCUUUCUCGGGUUAAAUAUCUUUCUUUCUUUAAAGAUAUUUUUUUUUUAUUAAAUAACCCUGUAAAGAAUAUUUUUCUUUCUUUCUUUCUUUCUUUCUUUCUUUCUUUCUUUCUUUCUUUCUUUCUUUCUGUUAUCUGCUUCAUUUCCUCUUCUCUCUCAACUGCCUCCUUUUCUUCCGGCUGCAUUUUUCACUCGAUUCUUCGCUUUCUCCAGAAACCCACUUUUUCUGACUACAGCUUCACCCACCUUCUUCUCGUUACCUCUUUCCCCGAAAAGGAAUACCCACAAUUUCCCCGCCAUCUGAAGCAGGCAUCUAUUCAAGCAUAUCUAUCUAUCUAUCUAUCUCAGUCUGUUAAGAUGUAUUUAUCUCAGUUUAUUCAGAUCUAUCUAUCUAUCUAUCUAUCUAUCUAUCUAUCUAUCGAUCAAAUAAAUUCACUAGACAAUUUAAUUUUUAUUAAAGUUGCUAGAUUUAGCUUACUAAACAGAGACAAACAAAAAUCCAGUUACAAGAAUCUAUCUAUCUAUCUAUCUAUCUAUCUAUAUCUAUCUAUCUAUCUACUAUAG